AUGGAUUACGGUGUGCUAUCAGGGUUUGUUCAAUACCAACAGGCGAAAUCUGCAGUGGAAUCGGUCAUCAAUAAGGAAAUUAGUCGUCGUUCUUUAGUUCAAAAUGCUAUAUUAUUGAAAACUGUCCUAAGUCAACAAUUACAAUUGGAAUCAAAUGUUCAAAAAGAAUCUAAAGAUCAAUCUUCAAUAAAGCAAGAUUUAUCUAAAUUACAACAUGAAAAAAAAUUAUUAGAAAAUAAAAUUAAUAUGUUAAAUUCUGAAAUUGAAACAUGGAAAAAAAAAUCUUCAAAUCAAUCAACAUUACAAAAAGAAACAAUGAGUUUGAAAACUCAAUUAACAAGACUGAAUAAUCAGUUAAAUGAAUCAAGAAACGAAUUGGGAAAAGUUAAACAACAAUUUGUUACUCAAAAAGCGGUUCUUGAAUCUAAAUUAGAAAAUGCUAAAAAAAAUAUUAAAAAUCUUAAAGAUAAAAAACCACCUGUUUCAUCACCUUCUAAACAACCAAGUUCAAUUCUGUCACCAGUUAAAUCUAAAACCCUGAAUAAUACAAAUAAUAAUCAUGAAAAAUUAGGUUUGAAAAAACCAUUGAUUUCAAAUAUUUCAGUUUCUCCAUUUUUAAAUAAAAAUACCAAAAAUAAAUCACCAUCUAAACUUCCAACUUCUCGAUUACAAAACAAUAAUGAUAAUUUCCAAUCACCAGCACCAUUAAAUGGUCAAAAUUUACUGGCAACUUCAACACCAGGUAAUUUCAUAUCACCAUUGAAAAAUCAAAAAUCAAAAAAAUCAAGUGGAUUAAAAAAUUUAAUCUCACCAAGUAAACCACCAACAAAUGAAUCAUCAGAUUCUAAAAAAACUAAAAAACCUUCAUUAUUUGAUGAUGAUGAUGAAGAUGAUGAUGAUUUAUUUGGCACUUCUAUAAAGAAAUUUGAUAACAAGAAUUCUGGCACAAAUGAAAAGGAAAAUGAAAAGCAAAAUGAAGAUCAAAUUGAAAAGGAGAAAGAACCUGAAACAGAAGAACCUAAAAAAGGUGGAAGAAGAAAAAGAAAAAUUGGUCCAAAGGCAAUAGUUGAAGAUGAAAUUGAUGAAGAACAAAAAUUUAGUCCUUUGAAGAAAGUUAAAUUAUUGGAUAAAAUUGGUGGUAUAAGUCCAUUGAAACAAAGAAAACAAGAAAGAAAUCUGUUUAAAGUCUGA